AUGAUGAUGAAGAAGAAGAAACAGGUACCGGAGUGGAUGAACAGUUCUCUGUGGUCCACCCCUUCCGACCACCAUCGCUUUAACCCUCCCUCUCCUCCCUCUCCUCCUCCUCCCCCUCCUCCGCCCCCCUCCGUCUCUGUCAGAGAUGAUCCCCCAACUAAUCACAAUGCCUCUCCUUCUUCUUCAUCCGUCGUCUCGUCUGCUUCUGCAUUCUCCGCCGCCGAUGAUAUCUCUUCUCAGGCUCAGUUGUUGACCGAGUUAUCUAGGAAGGUGAUAGACAUGCGCGAGCUGAGGAGAGUGGCUUCUCAAGGCAUACCUCAUGCUGCCGCCCCUGCUUUACGUCCUACGCUCUGGAAGCUCUUGCUUGGAUAUCUUCCGUCCGAUCGUUCCCUUUGGUCCUCUGAAUUAGCCAAGAAGAGGUCCCAGUACAAACAUUUCAAAGACGACCUCCUCAUGAAUCCUUCAGAAAUCACGAGGAGGAUCUACAACUCUGCUACUCAUGACAUCGAUGAUGCAAAAUCUGAAACUCGUAUCUUGCUUUCUAGAUCACAGAUCACUCAUGAGGACCACCCUUUGAGUCUUGGCAAGACCAGCAUAUGGAAUCAGUUCUUCCAGGACACAGAGCUCAUAGAGCAGAUUGACCGUGAUGUCAAACGUACUCAUCCAGAUAUACACUUCUUCUCCGGUGAUUCUCAAUUGGCAAAAUCUAAUCAGGAUGCUUUAAAGAACAUAUUAAUAAUUUCUGCAAAGUUGAACCCAGGUACAAGAUAUGUUCAAGGGAUGAAUGAAGUAUUAGCUCCUCUAUUCUAUGUGUUCAAAAAUGACCCUGAUGAGGAAAAUGCAGCCUUUGCUGAAGCAGACACAUUCUUUUGUUUUGUUGAGCUAUUGAGUGGGUUCCAAGAUAAUUUUUGUCAACAGCUUGAUAAUAGUAUUGUUGGAAUCCGUUCCACUAUUACAAGAUUGUCCCAGCUAUUAAAGGAACACGAUGAAGAACUGUGGCGUCAUCUUGAGAUCACUACUCAGGUCAAUCCCCAAUUCUAUGCAUUUAGGUGGAUUACUCUCCUCUUGACCCAGGAAUUUAAAUUUUCUGACAUCCUUCAUAUUUGGGACAUCAUUUUAAGUGAUCCAGAGGGUCCACAGGAGACACUUCUCAGAAUAUGCUGUGCAAUGCUAAUUCUCGUCCGUAGGCGCCUCCUGGCGGGUGAUUUCACUUCUAACCUGAAGUUGCUGCAAAGUUAUCCCUCUACAAACAUUAGUCAUUUGCUCCAUGUGGCAAAUAAGUUACGUGUACAGUCAGGCUAA